AUGCCGCUGGCCUGGAAGAUGGAGGAAACGGCCAAAGCCAGGGAAUUUUGUCCACCAGGCACAUAUGGGAAGGACUGUAAACAGGUAUGUCAGUGUUCAGCUGAGAAUGAAGAGUGUCACCUAGUCACGGGGAGAUGUACCUGUCUGCCCGGCUACCAUGGAAACCGCUGUCAUCUCCAACUACGAAAAAGCGUUCAAGAAAAUAUCCAUAAAAGGUGUGGCUGGCUCAAAAACAAAAGUUUCAGCAGCCAGAAACAACUGGGCUUUCAUGUUCUCGAGUUUGGAGUGGAGAUUCAAAUUUUUCUCUCGGCAGAGGGUCUUAAUUGCCAAAGGAUAUGCAAGUGCCUUAAUGGCAGCAACUGUGACACUGUGAUUGGCACCUGUUACUGUCCUCCUGGCUUCAUUGGGGCUGACUGCAGUCAAAUUUGUCCUGUGGAUCACUAUGGGCAGGACUGUGUCCAGCAGUGUUCCUGUGGCUCAGGACAGUGUGACCCAGUGACUGGAGGGUGCCAAUGUCCACCUGGCCAAAUGGGAGCCAGGUAUCAGCAAGAUUUCAGCACAAAGUCAUCAAGGAGCCAUCUCCAGUUCCCAAAGUAUACCAAGCACAUAGUUAUACGCACAAUAAAAGGUGUCCCCAAACAAUGUUUGGCCCAAACUGUGAGCUAAAUGUACCUGAAAAAUGGUGGCCUUUGCAGUCCUGUGGACAGAAGUUUUACCUGUGGUCUUGAAUGUACAGGUAAUUACUAUGAAAAAGUUAAGUUGAUUAUCACAUUCUUUUAUUCAAUAAAAUUCUAGGACAUACUGCCAUUGUUU